AAGAAAAGUUCAAAGGGAUCAAAGUGCAACAUUUACAAAACAUUUGGAUUGUAAAUGAACAUAAAAAAAGUUAUGCAACUUUUCAUUGUUACAGAUUAGUACAUAAAGUUUUGCCUAUAAAAGCCUUCUAUCUCGGUUCACCACAAAACUCUUCCAUUUUCAGGAAAAAAAUAAAAACUGAGUAGGAGGAUCUCUGAGGGAUUUGUGUACGGAUAUGGCAUCCAAGAGGAUUCUGAAAGAGCUCAAGGAUCUCCAGAAAGAUCCUCCUACCUCUUGCAGUGCUGGCCCUGUUGCUGAAGAUAUGUUUCACUGGCAAGCGACACUUAUGGGUCCAUCUGACAGUCCUUAUGCUGGCGGAGUGUUUCUUGUGACCAUUCAUUUUCCACCUGAUUAUCCAUUCAAGCCUCCAAAGGUAGCUUUUAGGACCAAGGUAUUUCACCCAAAUAUCAACAGCAACGGUAGCAUUUGCCUCGACAUUUUGAAGGAACAAUGGAGCCCCGCACUUACGAUUUCCAAGGUGUUGCUGUCGAUCUGCUCUCUGCUAACAGACCCUAAUCCUGAUGAUCCUUUAGUGCCUGAGAUAGCUCAUAUGUACAAGACUGAUAAAAGCAAGUACGAAGCAACUGCUAGGAGCUGGACCCAAAAGUAUGCGAUGGGUUAGUUGCUGCUCAUACUCGUGUCCGGAGGGCUCUCCUUUCCCUCUGCGCGAGUUUGUCGUCGUUGUCUAUGAUGUAUGAAGAAGUGUUUGUUUCUUAUGCAUAAUCAAACUCAAAGAGGAAAGGUUGAAUUGUGGCCUGACUGUGCAACAUUUAAUUUGUUUGUGUAAACCACCUUAAAAUGGUUUUGAAAUCCUAUGGGUUGGGUUCAAUGUAGUAGACAUUUUGACCCUUGGCAACUGAACUAAGUGAUCUUUUUUUUUUCGAUUUCC